CACAACGCAAGAGGGACUAGGAGAGAGGGCAUAUACUAUAACCUACUACUGCGGCUAGUGCUACUACAAAACAUUACUGCUAUACCCGAAAAGACAUACUACUGUCAGGAAAAGAACCAGAACACAACACACAGGCCACUGAGAGAGAGGGUAUAAGAUGGACGCAUUUAACAGCUCUACCAGUAUGAACUUCAGUAACCAGACGGACCCGUUCUCCUGCUCCUCCCCUUCUGUUCUGGGUUACCGUUACUUCGCUGUGGUUUGGGGCUGUGCUGUCACCAUCACGGGGACUUUGGGAAACCUGCUCACCGUUUUCGCCUUCUCCUUGGACCCUCGACUCCGUACACGAUUCAACGUCCUCAUCGUCAACCUGGCUAUGGCAGACCUCCUGUACUGCACUAUACUACAGCCCAUAUCAGUUGAUUCCUACUUACAUCUCCACUGGCGCACCGGUGCAACUUGGUGCAGGGCGUUCGGUUUCCUCCUCUUCGUCUCCAAUUCGGUCUCCAUCAUUACACUAUGCCUUCUUGCCAUCGGACGAUAUCUCUUGGUGGCAAAAAGACAACUGUUUGACAAAGUCUUUUCCAAACAUGGGGUAGUUUUGCUUGUGAUUUUUGCUUGGGGGCUCGGUAUCGCUAGUUUCGCCCCACUAUGGACUGUUUAUGUUUUUGUACCAAAUGUUUGCACUUGCAGCUUUCAUAGGACCGAAGGAAGGCCAUAUACAACCAUUCUGCUAUUUUUCUAUUUCUUUGUCGGCCUUGGUUGUGUUGGCAUAUUUUACUUGCUAAUUUAUAAGCGUGUAAAGAUAGCGUCGCAAGCACUACUUAAGUACAGGCUAAGUCGGAGAUCUUCUAAAAAGAAACCAGUGUCCUCCAGUUCAGGGACAGACAGUGGCGUUGAAAGUGGGGUAGCUAAUACUUCUACCUCAGAAGUGGCUCAUUAUGAAAAUAUUACCCAAUCUGAACGACCUGGUGAAAAAUCAACCAAAAAUUUAGCUGUUCCUAAUCAAGUUUGCCCUAAACCUAACCAAGAUGCCCAACCACAACCCAAACCAACUUCUACAACUGCAGCAGACGACGGAGGCGAAUUCAAAAGAGUAACUAGAAUGUGUUUCACUGUUUUUAUUUGUUUUGUCUUGUGUUUUUUUCCUUUUAUUAUUUUAAAUAUUGUGGACAAAAAUAACCGUGCGCCACAAGUGCUCCAUAUGUUCAGUGCUAAUCUGACCUGGUUAAAUAGUUGUAUUAACCCAGUGCUGUACGCCAUCAUGAACAGGCAGUUUAGACAGGCCUACCAUGUUCUCUUGACCAAGAUAACAGUCCCGUUCAGAUGUUUAUGUAACUAAAGGACAAGAAUACACUGGAAUGGCUCUCAUGUCAUGAUACUUGAAGCUGAUUGGGCGAAGCAUCACAACAGCGGGAUAAGCCAAGAAAUCAAGCUUUUGCCAAAUCCAGUUGAGUGGAAAGGACAGACAUCCUUGUCAUCCACAAAUGCCCAAAGCUCUCCUCUCUGCAAAUUUUACAAGUCCGUGUUUUUGCUAAAAUAGGUUGAAGUAUGUACUCGGCCUCUGCUCAAACCGUAAUACUGUCCUGUGAUUGGUCCAGCCUCCGAACCAAUGGUGACCCAGGCCCAUCACAACAGCUAGAACCGGGCCAGAUAUCGCAGAAAUUCCUCUUUAGGCCAGAUUAAAACUGGGGAUAACAUGGUUCCUCACAAUUCUAUAAGAUACUUGAAACAUAGCCUAUCAUGAUAAUACAACAAUUAGGGCUGGACGAUAUGGAGAUAAAAAUCGAAUCAUGAUCUCAGGAUGAUCUGCUUUACUGGUGAAAUUGGGAUUUUGUACGUCUUUAUUUAAUGCAGCUGUAAGACACUUCCCACCCACUUCUCCUAUUGGCCAUUUUCUGUAAGGCUCUGGGUGAGUGACAGGUGGAUUUAGCCAAUCACAGUGAAGCGUGAACUUAUUUACCACUUAAAGGCAACAAAAAAGGCCAAAGUGUCCAUGAAAAGUACUUUUAAUAUUAUUGUUUAUCACGAUAUUUCUCUCUAGCAAUAUCAUGUUUCAAAAUGUGAAUUAUCAUGACAGGUCUAUGUCUCAGUGCUUUUUAAAUUUACUGACCUCAGAGCUCUUCUUUGCUCAGAACUGCUCCACUUUGUGUUAAAUGUUUGGUUGUCCACUUAAUACUUUUUAACAGCUUUAAGGAAUUGGGAUUAAUAAAGUCAUUUGAAUCUGAAUCUUGUCAAAGGGGCUACAAAACAUUAGUGUUGAGAAGUAGAACACAGAAAACACGUCUGAGCAGGAAAAAACAUAUUUGAACUCAUUUUGUGCAAUAGGCCUUCUCUUAUUCAGUGGAUUUAAAUAACAGCUCUAUUCUGCAUGUAUUUUAGCACCUGCCUGAAAAAUGGACCACAACAACACUUAACUGACUGGCUAAAACUGGACUAUAACUUGGUUCACACAUUUAUCACAUAAAGUUGAGCCAUCCAUAAAAAAACGUUAAAUACAUUUUUCAAUUUUCAC